GACGCGCCCUCUCCCCCCCCCCGGGAGGCUGCGGGUGGUUCCUCCCGGCGCCGCCAUGUUGGGGGGGGCGGGCUUUGGGAGCAAUUUAAUGGAUUUUUUUCGUAAUUAAUCAAUGUUUGGAUGCCAGAGGGCUCCUACUGGGUGAUAGCCGCUCUAGGAUUUACGGGAGCCGGGAUAUAAGGAGCGGGAGCGGAGGCUCACUCACAUUCCCGGAGCUCCCGCCAUGAAGCUGCUCCUGCUCCUCUCCCUGGUGGUCCUGGCCCAGGGCCUGGGGACCAGGGUGCCCCUGAGGAAGAUGAAGUCGCUGCGGGAGAGGCUGCGGGAGCAGGGAUUGCUGGAGAGUUUCCUGGAGCAGCAUCCCUAUAACCUGGCUGCCAAGUACUUCCCUGGGAUCGCUGUGGAGCCCCUGCAGAACUACAUGGAUGACGAGUACUUCGGCACCAUCUCCAUCGGGACUCCAGCCCAGGAAUUCACCGUCGUCUUCGACACCGGUUCCUCCAACCUUUGGGUUCCCUCCGUCUUCUGCUCCAGCCCAGCCUGCAGGAACCACAACCGCUUCAAUCCCGCGGAUUCCUCCACCUUCCUGAGCACCAACGACACCCUGUUCAUCGCCUACGGCACGGGAAGCAUGUCCGGAGUCCUGGGAUACGACACCGUCAACGUCGCCGGGAUCAACGUCCGGAACCAGAUUUUCGGGCUGGCCGAGACGGAGCCAGGGGAUUUCUUCUACUACACCCCCUUCGAUGGAAUCCUGGGAUUGGCAUUCCCGAGCAUCGCCUCCUCCGGAGCCACCCCGGUCUUCGACAACAUGAUGAUGGAAAGGCUCGUGGAUCAGGACCUCUUCUCCGUCUACCUGAGCAGGGACGACAAAGCCGGAAGCUUUGUCCUGUUCGGCGCCAUCGAUCCCUUUUACACCGCCAAAGGAAUCUCCUGGAUCCCGCUCUCCGCCGAGACCUACUGGCAGAUCACCAUGGACAGCGUCUCCAUCAAGGGGGCGGCGGCGGCCUGUUCCUCGGGAUGCCAGGCCAUCGUGGAUACGGGAACAUCCCUGCUGGCCAUGCCCGUCCGAGCCUUCCGGAUCGUCAUGAGCGCCCUCGGCGCCAGCUCCAACGGCGAGAUCAGCUGCCAGGCUGCCAGAAAACUGCCCGACCUCGUAUUCCAUAUCCACGGCCAAGCAUUCCCGGUGCCGGCCAGAGCCUACGUGAUCCGGAGCGGCGGGGUCUGCAGCCUGGGAUUCCAAGGCAUGGAUGCCCCCACGGAGGAGGGAGAGCUCUGGAUCCUUGGGGACGUGUUUAUCCGGGAAUACUACGUCGUCUUCGACAGGGCCAACAACAAGGUGGGGCUGUCCCGGCUGCCCUGAGCCGGGAUGGGGGAUCCCGGCGGUUCCCAGCUUGGGGGCUGGCAGGGAUGUUCCUUUUCCCACCGUUCCCGGCCCCUCCUGCCGCUCCCGAGGACAAUAAAGGUGUGGAGAAGCC